CAGAAACUACAUGAGACUCAGCCCUGCCCAUAAGGAACUCCUAACCAGGAGGAGGAGAAAAGAGAAAUUCUGAGGUGACCUCACUUCCAGCUCCUCAGCCCGGGACCAGGGAGACGCUCACAAGGGCAAGACCAGGGAGCACAGCUGCCUGCAAGGUCACCUUUCUGCUGCCAAUUCCAGUUCUCCACCCUUUUGGGAGAGUGUGACUUUCCUUAUCUCAACCCCCGGACUUCAGCCAACAGUUCAUCUUUCUUUUUCUAAGUCCUUGGGCCAACUUGGUGACCACGCCCCAUACCCGCUCUUAGCCCUUUGCAGGGUUUUGGUGUCUGAAAACCGCCCUCUGGGUGUUUCCGGUGGCGGGAGGAGGCAGCAGGAGCCUGUGGUCUCGGCGAGUGGACGGUCUCUGGCCUCGGCAGCCAGGCCUGGGCGGUGAGGUCACUAUGUCCACCAAGGCGCCCAUCUAUCUGAAGCGUGGCAGCCGCAAGGGCAAGAAGGAGAAGCUUCGGGACCUGCUGUCCUCGGACAUGAUCAGCCCGCCGCUGGGGGACUUCCGCCAUACCAUUCACAUCGGCAGCGGCGGCGGCAGUGACAUGUUCGGUGACAUCUCCUUCCUGCAGGGCAAGUUCCACCUCCUUCCAGGGACGGCAGUCGAGGGACCCGAGGAGGACGGCACCUUUAACCUCCCCUUCCCGUUCACCCCCGCCACCCUGUGUGGGCAGGAGCUCCCCGAAGGGCCGUCCCCUCUGCUCAAGAACGCCAUCUCCCUCCCAGUCAUCGGAGGGCCCCAGGCCCUCACCCUGCCCACCACCCAGGCCCCACCCAAACCCCCGCGCCUGCACCUGGAGACCCCUCAGCACUCCCCACAGCCCUCCCCGCAGGAGGCAGGGAGUGUGGACAUGUGGAGAAUUCCAGAGGCUGGCUCAGCCCAAAACGGGCUGACCCCUGAGUCAGGGGCUGAGGAGCCCUUCCUAUCCCACGCCAGCUCCCUGCUCUCCCUGCACGUGGACCUGGGGCCGUCCAUCCUGGACGACGUGCUCCAGAUCAUGGACCAGGACCUGGACCACACGCGGAUCCCCACAUAGGACCGAGGCGAGCCAGGCUGGAAGCCGAGGCUGGGG